CAACACUACUAUAUAACAAAUAAUUUGAGCAAUGGUUUGGGUUGAAAAGGUAUGACACAAUGUGAACGGUUUAAACGAGCCAAGUUCUUGUUGGAAUGUUACCAACUGUCGGAUAAGAUGGGUGCUAUACAAAGUCAACUUAAAAGUAGGAAAGCCAGAAGACAAGAGAGGAAGCAGGCAAAACAGCAGCAGCAAGCAGCUAACUCUGGAUCAGUUGGUGAUAAAGAAAGUGUCGAUGCUAAUGAGGCCUUAUCGCCAUCUAGCAAGAGGAAAAUUGGCACUUUCCUGAAAAAUCUUUCUCCUCGACCCAGGACUAAAAAUGAUAAUUCACGUGAGGCUGUGUCUGUUCCAAAUGAAAAGGAAACCCCAACGAUAGAUAAUGAAAGGACAGAGCAGAACAAUAAUCAUUUGAGUGAGAAGAAUUACUUACAAUCAGACAGCCAAGCAGAUUCUGCAAUAAACUUAGACAAUCAGUCAGAUUCCGCUAUCCAGAUCAUUGACAGGGACAAUUCUGAGAAUUUUAAAGAAUUGAAUUCAGAGCCUGUUGUUGAUUCAUCAGAGGUUGCCAAUUGCACAUCAGUGAAUCCAGAAAUUACCACAAACAGCAUUGUUGUCGAGAACGAGACUGAAGAGUGUGCUGCAGACAAUCAAGAUGAUGUACCUGUUAUUGUCAAUGAAAACGCUGAACCUGAUGAAAAUGAAGAUCAUGGAUCUACUAAAUAUUUGGCUGUCGAAGGUCAAAGUGAUACUGGAAUCAGUGAUAUCUCUGGUACAGGCCACUCGCCGGUCAGUGAAAGUAAUGACAUCCACAAUCUAUUGCUGCUCCCUCCAAACAACCAAAAAACGAGAAGGGGUAGUGCCAGUUCUACCACCAGUACGUCGAGCGAUGAGGAGCUACCGAUGAGGUCCCUAGUAGCGGCGAUGCGAGGCAGCAAGUCGAGAUCUUGGGGCCUGAUAAAACAAGUUGUUCAUUGGUCUCCCUUCGUUCAAGUUUACAAGAAGAAAUACCCUUGGGUACAGCUAGCUGGUCAUAAUGGCGCCUUCAAACCAUGUGAUAACGGAACCAUCCUGAAGAAGCUGACCGAGAAGGAGUACGUUUGCCUCAACAAGAUCUUGGACGACACUUUCAUGCUGCAGAUCACUCCUAAAUUCUACGGAAAAGUAGAGAAAGAAGGAGUUGACUACGUGAAGCUGCAAGAUCUCCUGGCCGAGUUUGACAACCCCAGUGUGUGCGACAUUAAGAUGGGGACCAGGACCUAUCUGGAGGAGGAGCUCAUUAAAGCCAGGGAGAAGCUCACCAUGAGGAAGGAUAUGUACGAGAAAAUGGUCAAGGUUGACAAGAAUGAGCCUACUGAAGAGGAACACACUUUCAAAGCCGUGACUAAGCCACGCUACAUGCAAUGGCGGGAACGGCUAUCUUCUACCGCUACAUUAGGUUUCCGUAUAGACGGAAUCAAACAAGCAGACCGGGAUCCGGACAAGAACUUCAAAACCGUGCGAACCAACCAGGAAGUAGCUUACGUGCUGAGGAAACACAUCGACUAUAGAGACGAGACUAGAUUGAAACUUUUAGAACGACUUAAAGAGAUCCGGUCGACACUCGAAAAAUCAAAAUUUUUCGCGUCACAUGAAGUCAUUGGGAGCUCUGUGCUGCUGGUGCAUGAUCAGCCGUCAGAAGGUGUUGCCAAGGCCAACGUUUGGAUGAUUGAUUUCGGGAAGACGACCCCUCUAAACGGGGACAAAGCACUGGAUCACCGGACCCCCUGGGUUGAAGGAAACCAAGAAGACGGAUACUUGUUCGGUCUUGAUAACCUGGUCAACCUAUUCGAGAAUUUAAGUAAUAUUCCUGCACCUGAAGGUCUGGAGGAUGACCAGCCUGCUGUGGGCUGAAGACGCAGCCUCCUUCAAGAUGUACAACUAUAGUAGUGUAUCGAGAGUUCACCACCAUCCGCACCUGUCCGCGGGAGAUAUAUUUGCACGUGUCACGAGCGCACGUGUCACGAACGCGCGCGUCGCGCUGACAUCAAGGUUGACGAUGUGACGUCACGUGACCAUUUUAACGUCACGUGACGUGUUAGUUUGAUGACGUCACGUGUGGUUUGUGUGUGCGGUAUAUUCUACUGGACAUUGUGGAGCAGAACACGAGGAUUUCUCUCCCUCUCCUUCUCUCCUUCUCUCUUACUCUCUCUUAACAGGGAAUUUAAUUUCGGGGUGUUCUAAUUUGUAGAUAAAGUAGUGGACAUGAUCAUCUCUUUCUCUUCUUUCCGGUACUAUCCGGUACAAGACGUGUUUUAAUUGUGGUUUUAUCUAGAUUAUCCUCAUCGACACAACUAUUGUGAUUUUCUCUGACAAAUUGUCCACAGAAAAGGAUAUUUUCCAAAGGCUCAGGCUCAGUUGGGUUUCAUCAGUGUCACCAUGGCAUUAUUGUCAAUUCAUUUUUUUUCUCGAAGAUGCAAAUACUCCAAAGAAAUUACAGUUCCGAAAACAUUAUUUUACUCAUAAAUACUGGGGAUGUCAUAACAUUUAAGGAUAUGAUCUCUUCGCACGGUCGUUGACCAAUACGAGCACUUCUCAUCUGAUGGAUCUUGUCGACGUGGAUUGGACGCCAAUAAAAUAUAAUCACUGUCCUCACCUUAAAGAUGACAAAACCUGUUGGUCUAGUGCUCCUGAAUUCCUGCUGUCUACUGAUACCAAAGUUUUUAAUAGCAUCUAGUACCCCACAAUAUAUAUUUAUGUUGUCGUAAAGUAUGUUUAUGACUCAUGGGUUGGAUCUCUCCUUAAUUAACCACCACGGUAGAUAUGUAGACUUUAACCGUGAUCCUAGUUCACGCGAAUUAUAAUUAUUUUCAAAAAAUCUGAGAUUGUUUUAGAGAUAUGUGUUUGGUGAUGAUAUGUAAGGAUUAUGCCUUUACAUUUAGUUAUGAUAUUUUGAGUUGAAAUGAUAACGGCGAGUGUUGUAUCCCCAGUGAUUCUAGUGUUCAAUUAAUUAAUUAACUAAUUAAUUAACUAAUUAAUUAAUUAAUUAAUUAAUUAAUAGUGUAUCCCCAGUUUUUGUUGUUGUACCUCUUACGUGUGGUAGGUAUAGAUUUAUUUUAUUGUGUUUUUCACUGUAUAGAUCAUUAUGUAUACAAGUAUAUUGAAGUUGUCGAACUGUUACUUCAAUUUUUAAGUGAUAUAUAAUAAUCUGCUAUCAUAUUGCUACGAGACUAACGCGAGCAGCGGGAUCAAGUUAUUUUUUAGUGAAGCUGUAUAAUGAGUGAGUUUGUUUGUUACUGGACCCUGUUAUCUCCGCAAGUAUCUCCGGAAUUUAUCCAAAUUUUCAUCCAAUCUUAGGUUUGGCGAUUGUAGUAGGAAUCUUUAACUCUAAAAUCGUUGAAUAUUAACCGUUUUUAACGUCUGUUUUUCAAAACUUAAAAAAGUGUACCAUAUCUCUGGACUGUGUACUGGUUGUUGUGAAAAACUGAGGUGUUUCACGUGUUGUAAGGGCUAUUAAGACCGUCAGCAAUGACGUCGUGGUUACGUCAUCUUAUGCGUGAUGACGUCACAGCCGCGCGUGUGAUGGCGUCAUCUCGCACGGGAUUAUUUUUAAUGAGCUGCGACUUGAGUGAAAAACAAAUAUUUUGUUUUUAAGAAUUUGAAAAUAUAUAUAUUUUGUAUAUUAUAUGAUAGAUAUCUUGAAUCAAAAA